AUUCGGGUAGCAGUUUGUCUUAUUUGUCACUUCCCCUUUAUGUUUUCUAAUACGCUACAUAAUCAUUUUUCCACACCCCGUCGGAUUUUCUUCUACUGUUUUUUUUUCUCCUGAGCAUGCUCAGUCUCUCAGUUUGUAGUCAAGUCACUGCCUUUAUCUUGAAGGGAAAUCUAUCAGAAACACUUUCCCUUGAAUAACAAACUGCAUAAACAUAAACAGGCAUUUCACCUUCUGAUUCAACUACUGUAAACUUAUAGUGCAGUAUGUUGGAUUUGUUUGGAACAAUGUAAUUCCAUUUCUCCGGUUUUUCUUUAAGAAGGUGUGAAAAUUCUAUAGGAGUUGUGGGCUGAAAAUAGAAAGUAGCUUCCUUGGACCAUACUGCGCAUGCUCCACUGCAUUUGAGCAUGCUCAGAUGCACCGGAAAGAAGGGAGUGACAACUAAGAGAAAAUGUUACCAAAGCGUGUGUACCUGGAGCGGAUUAGAAGGAAAUCACUUCCGGCCUAGGGAAAGCCAGCAAGCUAGGCAGAGGAGCUGGAUGUCUGUGCCGGCUGGAGGAGAUGGUGGUUCCAACGCUGGACAUGCCUGCUCAGCCCAUGGGGAUGGUGGCCGAUGUGGUUUUUGUAAUUGAGGGCACUGCCAAUCUUGGGCCCUACUUUGAAUCCUUGCGCAAACAUUACCUUCUUCCAGCCAUUGAGUACUUUAAUGGUGGUCCCCCAGCUGAAACAGACUUCGGAGGAGAUUAUGGUGGUACCCAGUACAGCCUGGUGGUGUUCAAUACGGUGGAUUGUGCCCCCGAGUCAUAUGUGCAGUGCCAUGCGCCAACUAGCAGUGCUUACGAAUUCGUCAUGUGGCUUGACAGCAUUCAGUUUGUGGGUGGUGGUGGCGAGAGCUGUAGUCUCAUCUCAGAAGGACUCAGCACCGCUUUGCAACUCUUUGAUGACUUCAAGAAAAUGAGAGAACAAAUAGGCCCCACACACAAGGUCUGCAUCCUUAUUUGCAACUCCCCGCCCUACCUGCUUCCAGCUGUGGAAAGUACCACAUACUCCGGCUAUACAACAGAGAACCUAGUGCAGAAGAUUGGUGAGCGUGGGAUCCACUUUUCCAUCAUCUCCCCACGGAAGCUGCCUGCCCUGCGCAUUCUCUUUGAGAAGGCUGUGACGGCGGGCAUGAUGGAGGCCCAGCUCAAGGACUACAGCCAGGACCCCCGGCAUAUGAUACUCAUCCGUGGCAUGGUGUUGCCAGUGGGCGGGGGAGCUGCUGCCAGCACCCUGCAGCCCAAGCAGGCCGUGCCCCAGCCGCAGCUCCCCACUGUGCCGCCUCAGCUUCCCGCUGCACCGCCUCAACCCCUGCCGCCGGUUUCCCAGCCCUACCAGGUGACGCCGUCCACAACCCUCACUGCUGCCCAGGCAGCUGCCCAGUCUGCCGUGGAGGCUGCCAAGAACCAGAAAGCCAGCUUGAACAACCGCUUCGCCUCUUUGAACCCCAUGCAGCCUACUUUCAGCCAAGCCCCUGCCCAGCCCCUCCCAGCGGGCUCCGUCCCAGCCCUGCCUCCAAAGCUCCCGGCCUCUUCUCAGUCCAGCCUGGUCUCCACGGUAACCACAGGCUCCAGUCUGCUGGUCCAACCCCCCGGGGUGCAGCCUCCGCCACAGCCUGGCGCCUCGGCCAUGCCCAGCGGGGUGCCUCCCAGCAGCAUGAGCAUCGCCGUCGCCCAACCUGCACCGGCACAAAUUGGAGCCAACCAGCAGUCGGUCACAAACAAGGUGAUGGCGUGGAGUGGCGUGCUAGAGUGGCAAGAGAAGCCCAAACCAGCUUCUGUGGAUUCCAACACCAAGCUCACCCGUUCGCUGCCUUGCCAGGUGUACGUCAACCAAGGAGAGAACUUGAAGGCUGAGCAGUGGCCCCAGAAGCUCAUCAUGCAGCUGAUCCCCCAGCAGCUCCUGACCACUCUGGGCCAUCUCUUCCGCAACUCGCGCAUGGUACAGUUCCACUUCACCAACAAGGACCUGGAAUCGCUCAAGGGGCUCUACCGCAUCAUGGGGAAUGGAUUUCAGGCGGGCUGCGUGCACUUUCCUCACACGACACCCUGUGAGGUGCGGGUGCUGAUGCUGCUAUAUUCCUCCAAGAAGAAGAUCUUCAUGGGGCUCAUUCCCUACGACCAGAGUGGCUUUGUCAAUGGGAUUCGGCAGGUCAUCACAAACCACAAGCAAGUCCAGCAACAAAAGCAGAUGGGAGGGUCUCAGCCCCUGGGGUCCUCAUCCAGCACUCAGCCCUUCCUGACAAAGCAGCCUGGCACGUUGCCAGUGGCACAGGGGGUCCAGCAGCAGAUGGGUGGACAACAGGUGAGCCCUGUUAUGCCUCAAGUGGGGAUCAUGGAAGAGCAGCAACGGCAACAGGGCCUGUUGCAACUCCGAGUGCAGCAACCACAGCCAGCUGCCCCACCUACCAGCCAGCCCCCACAAUCACAAGGCCCCCAACAGGCUGGACCACAGGCCACCCAAGGGGGCGCCAUGCUUAGACCCCAGAACCCUGGAGCCAACCCUCAGCUCCGCAGCCUCCUUCUGAGCCAGCAGCCGCCCCAGCCCGGAGUUCCUCAGUCCCAGCAGCCCCUCCACCACCUCCAGCAAGGUUCUCCAGGCAUGUUAGCACACCAGCCCAUGGGACAGGCCCUGGGGCAUCAGCCUCCUGGACAGCAGCAGCUCCAACUAGCAGGACAGCCCCUCAUGCACCAAGCCCCUGGGCAGCAGUGGCCAGGACAGAUGGCACCGCGGGCACCCUUGCCAGGUCCAAUGCUGAUGAAUCCUGGUCCCCGGGGUCCUGUAGCCCAGACAGGCCUGCAGCAGGUUCCAGCUGCCAGCAUCAUGGAAGACGACAUCCUCCGCGACCUCAUCUGAUGGCAGAGAAUCACCCACCGCUGAGGUGGUGUCUGUACUAGGGAAGAGUGCUUCACCUCUGGGAAAUGGCACUUUCCCCCCUUCUGUGUAAUAUUUUCCCCACUUGUUAAUGAAUAUUAUGCUUGUCCCUUCA